AUGGGGAAUAACUCAAGCAAAGCGACGGCCCAAGAUAGGGCGAUACUGGAUAUGAAGAUCCAGCGAGACCAACUGCGAAAGUACCAGAAACAGAUCACAGUCAUCCUGAACCGAGAGCAGGAGAUUGCGAAAGAGUGUCUUCGCAAAGGCGACAAGAGACGAGCAUUAUUGGCAUUACGGAAGAAAAAGUAUCAAGAACAGCUACUGAUAAAAACAGACGGGCAGUUAGAAACACUGGAACAGCUGACCCGUAGCAUAGAGUUUGCAUUGGUCCAGAAAGACGUUCUAUACGGACUUCAGCAGGGCAACCAAGUGCUCAAGACACUAAACCAAGAAAUGUCCAUAGAGAAAGUCGAGAAGAUCAUGGACGAAUCAGCCGAGGGCAUUGCAUACCAACAGGAAGUCACCGACAUGCUCUCACAAACCAUCACCAACCAAGACGAGGCCGAAGUCCAAGAAGAACUCGACCGACUGGAACAAGAAGAACUGGCCAAAAAGAUGCCAGCCAUGCCCGAAGUGUCAACCGACCAACCUGUACCCGAACUGCCAAACGUCCCCGAUACCAAACUCAAGAACCCGCAGUCCGAAGAUUCACACAAACAACCGGUGCUGGCGUAG